GCCUGACCCAAAGGGCCUGCGGGUAGGGCUCCGCGUCAGGGCGGGGCUCAGGGUGCGGGGAGGCGUCUCCCAGGCAGCCCACAGCUCCCGGCCGGAGCCGCGGUGGUCGCGCUGCACUCGCCUCCUUCCUCGCUGCUGCCACCCCUCGCCCCCAUGGACGCCCUGUGUGGCUCCGGUUCCAAGUUCUGGGACUCCAACCUAUCUGUGCACACAGACAACCCGGACCUCACUACCUGCUUCCAGAACUCCCUGCUGGCCUGGAUCCCCUGCAUCUACCUAUGGGUUGCGCUGCCCUGCUACCUGUUCUACCUGCGGCAUCACCACAGUGGCUACAUCAUCCUCUCCCACCUGUCCAGGCUCAAGACGGUCCUCGGCAUCCUGCUGUGGUGUGUGUCCUGGGCGGACCUUUUUUACUCGUUCCAUGGCCUGGUUCACGGCUGGGCCCCUGCCCACAUCUUCUUUAUCACCCCCCUGGUGGUGGGGAUCACCAUGGUCAGUGUGGGGCCCAGGAUACUGGGUGGGAGUCUGGGGUGUGGAUUGUGAUGGGAGAACCGUGGGCUCUGUGGAGAAGGAGCUGGGGAAAGGAUGAGGGUGGAUGGGGAGGAAGGAGGCAGGUCCAGAUGUGUGUGCUCUGCCUCGGCUUCGCCUUCCCUGCACAGCUGUUGGCCACCUUGCUGAUCCAGUAUGAGCGGCUACAGGGGGUGCAGUCCUCAGGGAUCCUCAUUAUCUUCUGGUUCCUGUGUGUGGUCUGUGCCAUCGUCCCCUUUCGCUCCAAGAUCCUUUUAGCCAAGGCAGAGGGCAGGAUCUCAGAUCCCUUCCGCUUCACCACCUUCUACAUCCAUUUUGCUCUGGUGUUCUCUGCUCUCAUCUUGUCCUGCUUCAAAGAGAAACCACCGUUCUUCUCCCCAAAGAAUGUUGACCCUAACCCCUGCCCAGAGGCCAGCGCUGGCUUUCUCUCCCGCCUGUCUUUCUGGUGGUUCACAAAGAUGGCCAUCCUCGGCUACCGGCAUCCCCUGGAGGAGCAGGACCUCUGGCCUCUCAAUGAGGAGGACAAAUCCCAGAUAGUGGUGCAGCAGUUGCUGGAGGUGUGGAGGAAGCAGGCACCACGCCAUCGCAGCCUGGUCUUUGGCUCCUGGGACCCCAGGCCCACUCCACCUACUACUCCUUCCUCCCUGACCAGACACCAGGCAGCGGCAGCAUCUGGGAAGAUAGCUUCAGGCGAAGACGAGGUGCUUCUGGGAGCCCGGCCCCAACCCCAGGGGCCCUCCUUCCUGCGGGCCAUGCUGGCCACCUUCAGUUCCAGCUUCCUCAUCAGCGCCUGCUUCAAGCUGGUCCAGGACCUGCUCUCCUUCGUCAAUCCACAGCUGCUCAGUGUUCUGAUCAGGUUUACUUCAAACCCCUCAGCCCCCAGCUGGUGGGGCCUCCUGGUGGCCGUGCUGAUGUUCGUGUGCUCUAUGACGCAGACGCUGAUCUUACAUCAGUAUUACCACCGCAUUUUCAUCAUGGGGCUGAGAUUCCGGACAGUGAUCAUAGGCAUCAUCUAUAGGAAGGCUCUAGUCAUCACCAAUUCAGUCAAACGUGAAUCUACUGUAGGAGAAAUUGUCAACCUCAUGUCAGUGGAUGCCCAGCGUUUCAUGGACCUUGCUCCCUACCUCAACCUGAUGUGGUCAGCACCCCUGCAGAUCUCACUGGCAAUUUACUUCCUCUGGCAGCACCUGGGUCCCUCUACCCUGGCUGGAGUUGCUGUCCUGGUCUUGCUGAUUCCACUCAAUGGAGCUGUGGCCAUGAAGAUGCGUGCCUUCCAGGUGCAGCAAAUGAAGCUCAAGGACUCCCGCAUCAAGCUGAUGAACGAGAUCCUAGGUGGCAUCAAGGUGCUGAAGCUGUUUGCCUGGGAGCCCAGCUUCUUAGAGAAGGUGGAGGGCAUCAGGUGGGGCGAGCUCCAGCUGCUGCGCAAAGCUGCCUACCUCCACGCUAUGUCCAUUUUCACCAUGAUCUGCACCCCAUUCCUGGUGAUCCUGAUCACCCUUGCGGUGUAUGUGAGUGUGGACCAGAACAAUGUGCUGGAUGCUGAGAAGGCCUUUGUGUCCGUGUCCUUGUUCAAUAUCUUAAAGUUUCCUCUCCAAAUGCUGCCCCAGUUAAUCAGCAACAUGGCUCAGACUAGCGUGUCUCUGAAACGAAUCCAGAAUUUCCUGAGCCAAGAUGAACUUGACCUCCAGUGUGUGGAAAGAAAGACCAUCUCCCCAGGCUAUGCCAUCACCAUACACAGUGGCACAUUUACCUGGGCCCAGGACCUGCCCCCAAUCCUGCUCAGACUAGACAUCCAGGUCCCAAAAGGGGCAUUGGUGGCCGUGGUGGGACCUGUGGGCUGUGGGAAGUCCUCCCUGGUGUCUGCCCUGCUGGGAGAGAUGGAGAAGCUGGAAGGCAAGGUGCAUAUGAAGGGCUCCGUGGCCUACGUGCCCCAGCAGGCAUGGAUCCAGAACUGCACUCUUCAGGAAAAUGUGCUGUUUGGCCAAGCCCUGGACCCCAAGCGCUACCAACAGACACUGGAGGCCUGUGCUUUGCUGACUGACCUGAAGAUGCUUCCUGCUGGAGACCAGACAGAGAUUGGAGAGAAGGGCAUUAACCUGUCUGGGGGCCAGCGGCAGAGAGUCAGUCUGGCUCGAGCUGUUUACAGUGAUGCUGACAUUUUUUUGCUGGAUGAUCCCCUGUCAGCAGUGGACUCCCAUGUGGCCAAGCAUAUCUUUGACCAAGUCAUCGGUCCAGAAGGCGUGCUGGCAGGCAAGACUCGGGUGCUGGUGACACAUGGCAUCAGUUUCCUGCCCCAGACAGACUUCAUCAUAGUGCUCGCUGACGGACAAGUGUCUGAGAUGGGCCCCUACACAGCCCUGCUGCAGCGUGACGGCUGCUUUGCUAACUUCCUCCGCAACUAUGCACCUGACGAGGACCAGGAAUACCUCCAGGACAACAGGACCGCAGCAGCCUUGGAAGAAGCAGAGGAGGAGGACAUGCUGAUCGCAGAUACGCUCAGCAACCACACAGAUAUGAUGGACAGUGAGCUUAUCACAUAUGAAGUCCAGAAGCAGUUUAUGAGACAGCUGAGUGCCAUGUCCUCAGAAGGAGAGGCUGAGGCUCAGCCUGUGUCCCGAAGACACCUCGUUUCAUCAGAGAAGGUGCAGAAGACAGAGGCGAAAGCAAAUGGAGUGUUGAUCCAGGAGGAGAAAGCAGAAGUUGGCACUGUGAAGCUGAGUGUGUACCGGGAUUACGCCAAGGCUGUGGGGCUCUGUACCUCACUGGCCAUCUGUUUCUUAUAUGUGGGUCAAAGUGCUGCCGCCAUUGGGACCAAUGUAUGGCUUAGCGCCUGGGCCAAUGAUGCUACUGUGGACAGCAGACAGAACAGUACCUCCAAGAGGCUGGGUGUCUAUGCUGCCUUGGGAAUUCUGCAAGGUCUCCUGGUGAUGCUGUCAGCCAUGAUGAUGGCAGUGGGCGCCGUGCAGGCUGCGCGUUUGCUGCACCAGGCACUUCUGCACAACAAGAUGCAUUCACCACAGUCCUUCUUUGACACCACACCCUCUGGCCGUAUCCUCAACCGCUUUUCCAAGGACAUCCAUGUCAUCGAUGAGACUCUGGGCCCCACCAUCCUCAUGGUGCUAAGUUCCCUCUUCAACACCAUCUCUACUUUCGUGGUCAUCAUUGCCAGCACACCUCUCUUCGCUGUGAUCAUCCUGCCCCUAGCUGCACUCUAUGCCUUUGUGCAGCGCUUCUAUGUGGCUACAUCACGGCAACUGAAGCGUCUGGAAUCCGUCAGCCGCUCGCCCAUCUACUCCCACUUUUCGGAGACAGUGACGGGCACCAGUGUUAUCCGGGCCUACAAUCGCAGUCAGGACUUCAAGGUCAUCAGUGAUACUAAGGUGGACACCAACCAGAGAAGCUGCUACCACCACAUUGCCUCCAACCGGUGGCUGGGCAUCCGAGUUGACUUUGUGGGAAGCUGUGUUGUGUUCUUUGCUGCACUAUUUGCCGUGAUUGGGAGAAGCAGCUUGACCCCAGGGCUGGUGGGCCUUUCUGUGUCCUAUGCCCUGCAGGUGACAUUUGCUCUGAACUGGAUGAUCCGAGCCAUGUCGGAUUUGGAGUCUAAUAUUGUGGCUGUGGAACGAGUCAAGGAGUACUCCAAGACAGAGACAGAGGCCCCCUGGGUGAUGGAGGGCAGGCGCCCUCCGCCAGGCUGGCCCCAGCAUGGUGAGGUGGAGUUCCGGAAUUACUCUAUGCGAUACCGGCCCGGGCUGGACUUGGUGCUGAGAAACCUGAGCCUGCGCGUGCGCGGGGGCGAGAAGGUGGGGAUCGUGGGCCGCACUGGGGCUGGCAAAUCAUCCAUGACCCUCUGCCUGUUCCGCAUUCUGGAGGCAGCAGAGGGUGAAAUCCGCAUCGAUGGCCUCAACGUGGCAGACAUUGGCCUCCAUGACCUGCGUUCUCAGCUGACCAUCAUCCCCCAGGACCCCAUCCUGUUUUCGGGGACUCUGCGUAUGAACCUGGACCCUUUUGGCCAUUACUCAGAGGAGGACAUUUGGCAGGCCCUGGAGCUGUCCCACCUGCACACGUUUGUGAGCUCCCAGCCAGCGCGCCUGGACUUCCAGUGCUCUGAGGGUGGGGAAAAUCUCAGCGUAGGCCAGAGGCAGCUUGUGUGCUUGGCUCGAGCCCUGCUUCGCAAGAGCUGCAUCCUGGUUUUAGAUGAGGCCACAGCCGCCAUUGAUCUGGAGACAGAUAACUUAAUCCAAGCUACCAUCCGUACCCAGUUUGAUACCUGCACUGUCCUGACCAUCGCACACCGGCUUAACACUAUCAUGGACUAUACCAGGGUCCUCGUCCUGGACAAAGGGGCAGUAGCUGAAUUUGAUUCACCAACCAACCUCAUUGCAGCUAGAGGCAUUUUCUACGGGAUGGCCAAAGAUGCUGGACUUGCCUAAAAUGCAUUCCUGAGAUUUCCUCCUGGCCUUUCCUGGUUUUCAUCAGGAAGGGAAAUGAUACCAAAUGUGUCCAUGGAAUGGACUGAUGGCAAAAAGGGGGCAUUUGUUAGAUUUUGCCCCUGUAAACUGCCUCACAGAGAAACCUUACCUCAAAUGGUUGAGAGAAGGAAAUACGCCCCCAGAGGUGGAUGAUAUGCCUGAGGACACAGCUGGUUUGAGGCAGACCCUAGACUAGUCCCUUGUCAACUCACUCCCAGUCUAGUGGUAUUUCCACAUUACACUUUUUUCAAUCAUUUCAUGAAAUGACCUUCCUUCCUAGGAUUUUUUUCAUACUUUCUCAAGUUUUUUUGUUUUUGAAAUAAAAAGCUUUUUCCUCCUGGAAUAGUCUGCUGGGUUAGGCCAUCCCUAGGAACAGAGUCCUGUAUUCUGGGGUGCUGCCUGAAUCCAUUAAAAAUGGAACACUAAUGAAAUAAAAACUAUGUGCACAACAGUAUGUA